CAAAUUGGGAGCAUUGAGGUAAGCCUUUUGGUAUUACAUUAUUAUUAUUAUAAUGAAAUAUUUAUUAUAACAACCAAGUAAUUGAAGCCAAACAAUGAAUCUUGAAACGGUUUGCACAAAAAAGGAAGAGUUUGAAUUUUUUAAAAACACUUCAUUUAAACCAUUAAACAUAAAUCAAGGACGACGCCGUUUGUGACAAAUAAAAAUAGGGUUGUCUUCUUCAUCCGUGAACCAGAGCCUCCAUCAGCGACACACCUCGGCAACUCCUCCUCUACAACACAGUGUGUGCCUCAAUCGUGUAACUUGCCAUUUGCGAUUUCAGGAGGCCUCAGAUCGUCGCACUCAACGAGAUGCGCCUUGAUAACACCUUUUAAAACGCUAGAGAGCAAAGGGGCAAAUCCAGCACAUCCAUGGCUUUUUCCGGCGAGGGGAGGUGCAACUGCACCUCCUUGCGCCUCUGUAGGUCCGCCAUUAUCAAAUGCUUACAAGGAUAAAGAUACAGUAUCAAAUGUAGAGAGCUCGGUAGAGAAGUCUGUCAGGAGAUCUCCAAUGCUGAUGAAUCACUCUGAAGCGGAAAGCUGCUGUCUGAAAGUUUCUUCACAAGAGAUAUCUCUGAGAAACUUGGAAUCCCUUGAAAAAAGCUGCUUCAAGGCCAUGUCCUUAAAACCUUCUGAUGUCGAAGCAUCAUCAAGAGAUAUAGAAGUCCAGCAUUUAUCUCUCUCAUGGCAUGAAUGUGGUGAUAAGGGACCUAUGCCCUUGAGGAGGUCUUCAAGGCUAAUGUCAGCCCCUGGAAACAGUGUUAGUGAAUCAUUGAAAAAUUUUGACCUUGAAAAAUUGGAUGAAAAGCACGUACGGAAAUCUCCUAGAUUUUCUCAUUGUGUGAAUGAAGGGCACAUAAGGAGAUCUCCUCGAUUUUCCCUUUCUGUGGCAGCGGAUGAGAAAAAUUCUAAUCUAAAUUCUAGUAUUGUUGGAUUGUUUGUUUCUGAAGAUGAGAGGAGGUCUUCAAGGCUAACGUCGGCCCCUGAAAACGGUGAUAGUGAAUCGUUGAAAAAUGUUGACCUUGAAAAAUUGGAUGAAAAGCACAUGCGAAGAUCUCCUAUAUUUUCUCAUUGUGUGAAUGGAAAGGAGAUAAGGAGAUCUCCUAGAUUUUCCCCUUAUGUAGCAGCAGCUGAGAAAAACUCUAAUCUAAAUUCUAUUAUCUUUGGAUUGUCUGAUUCAAAAGAUGAGUUUCCAUCCAAGAAGAUAUUGAUGUCAUUAGGAAAAUCUGAUUCAAGAAUUUUUGAUGAAAAAUACUUGAGGCAAUCUCGAAAAGAAGCCACAGCUAUGUUUGAGAAUGAAGGAAGAGAAACAGAAUGCUCUUUGAUUGAAUUGCCCGAGACAUAUGUGAAACAGCAACCAAAGAAAAGGAAAACAGUGGAUUCAUCAGCGAACAGGCAAAAUAAACAAAAGAAUUGCAAAAGUACUUCCUUGAUUGGGGAUCCAAUUCCUGAUGUUGAAGCUCAAGAAAGAUGGGGUUGGCGGUAUCAAAUGAAGAGUCAAAGAUCUAAAAGUCAAAGCUUGAAGUUAAAUGAAGAUGAAGAAGAUGAGAUAAUUUUGAAUGUGGAAUGUCACUUUUCUCAAGCCAAAAUUGGCAAUUGCAUCUUCAGUCUUGGAGAUUGUGCAUACAUAAAGGGUGAUGGAGGAAAAAAGCAUGUGGGAAGGAUCUUAGAAUUUUUCAAGACAACUGAUGGAAAAAAUUAUUUUAGAGUCCAAUGGUUUUAUAAAGUUGAAGAUACGGUUAUCAAAGAUGUAGGGGAUGUUCAUGACAAGAGGCGUUUAUUCUAUUCUACUAUAAUGAAUGACAAUUUGAUAGAUUGCAUAGUUUCAAAAGUCAAUGUUAAACAUGUAUCUCCUAGGGUGGGGUUAAAAGGGAACUCCAUUUUGUCGUCUGACUUCUACUAUGAUAUGGAAUACUGUGUGGACUAUUCCACGUUUCGCUCCUUGAUUACUGAUAAUUCUCUUAAGAACCAAAACUUGCCAGCAUACAAUUCAAUCGAAGCAGUCUCUAUACUGUCAACUGUAAACUUGUUGGAGAAUAUGCCCAGCUCUGAAACUUACAAUGCAGAGUUAGCAGUCUUAGAUCUUUAUUGUGGUUGUGGUGGUAUGUCAACUGGAUUGUGCCUUGGUGCCAAACUGUCUUGUGUUAAUCUUGUCACGAGAUGGGCCCUUGACAGUGAUAAAUCUGCCUGUGAAAGCUUGAAGUUAAAUCAUCCAGAAACGCAAGUCAGGAAUGAAGCGGCUGAGGAUUUUCUAGAACUGUUAAAAGAAUGGGAAAAGUUAUGCAGACGGUAUACAGUCAAUGAUGUUGAAAGAACUUAUCCAUUAAGAUCAAAAACAUCAAAAAUACCCAAGAAUAGUAAUGAGAUUGCUACAGACGAAUAUGAAGUUUCGAGGAUUGUUGAUAUCUGCUACGGUGAUCCUAAUAAGACAGGAAAGCAUGGAGUAAACUUUAAGGUGCAUUGGAAGGGUUAUAGUAGCAGUGAAGAUACAUGGGAACCAAUUGGAGGGUUAAGUAACUGCCUAGGAAGCAUACAGGAUUUUGUAAGAUAUGGGAAGAAGGUGAAGAUCUUGCCACUCCCAGGUGAUGUUGAUGUAAUUUGUGGGGGCCCUCCUUGCCAAGGAAUUAGCGGCUAUAAUCGCUACAGAAAUGUUGAUUCUCCAUUAGAUGAUGAGAGAAAUCAUCAAAUUGUAGUCUUCAUGGACAUUGUAAAAUUUUUGAAGCCAAAGUAUGUGUUGAUGGAAAAUGUAGUUGACAUUUUGAGAUUUGAUAAAGCUUCUCUUGGUAGGUAUGCACUUAGUCGUUUGGUGCAUAUGAAUUACCAAGCAAGGCUAGGAAUACUUGCUGCCGGUUGUUAUGGCCUUCCGCAAUUUCGGUUGCGUGUUUUCUUGUGGGGUGCUCAUCCUUGUGAGAAUCUACCUCAAUUUCCUCUUCCUACACAUGAUGUCAUAAUUAGAUACUGGCCUCCACCAGAGUUCGAGCGCAAUACUGUUGCUUAUGAUGAAGACCAACCUCGUGUAUUAGAAGAAGCUGUGGUUCUUCACGAUGCCAUCUCUGAUCUUCCUGCUGUCACAAACGAUGAAACAAGUGAAGAAAUGUCGUACCAAAAGCCUCCUGGAACAGAUUUCCAAAGAUAUAUAAGGUCAACGCAAUAUGAGAUGAUGGGAUCUGUGUUAGAUGGCACUAUGAAAACAAAAGUUUCACUGUAUGACCAUCGGCCUUACCCAUUGUUCGAAGAUGAUUACUUACGAGUUUGUCAAAUUCCAAAAAGAAAGGGAGCAAACUUCCGGGACCUCCCUGGUGUUGUUGUAGGAAAUGAUAAUGUGGCUCGGAGGGAUUCAACUGAAAAGCAUUUGCUGUUGCCAUCAGGAAAACCAUUAGUACCAGAUUAUGCCUUCACUUAUGAACAAGGCAAGUCAAAAAGACCAUUUGCAAGGUUGUGGUGGGAUGAGACAGUGCCCACUGUACUGACAUUCCCAACUUGUCACAGCCAGGCAAUAUUACAUCCAGAGCAAGACCGAAUCCUCACUUUACGAGAAUGUGCAAGAUUGCAAGGGUUUCCUGAUUAUUAUAGAUUCUGUGGGACGGUUAAGGAGAGAUAUUGUCAAGUUGGAAAUGCAGUUGCAGUCCCUGUUGCGCGAGCUUUGGGAUAUGCUUUGGGAUUGGCAGUUCGAAAGCUCAGUGGGAAUGAACCACUCAUGACUCUCCCCCGAAAUUUUUCUCAUUCAAAUUAUUUUCAAUUCACAGAAGUUUGGCCUCUUGAGACUGAAGAAUAAUGAUUCUCUCCAUCAUCACCUAUAACGUACUCUCAUAAGUUGCGGCAUUGACAUGAAAUUUUCCUUUAAUUCUUUUUGUCAAGGCUCACUGUGCAUCCUAGUGGAAUGGAUAGGAUUUAACCAUUUUUUCAACUCAGAGUGCCCAAUUUAUUUGCCCCAUUUCUAGAUCAAGUCCACUAGACUUCGACAUGUCCGUUUGCAUUUGUUCUUGAACCGUCGGUUCAUUUAAACCUAACAGGAAUUGGUGUCUUGUUCCUAUGUUGUAUUUAUAAUUGUCAAGCUUGUAUUGUUAUAAUUCAUUAUUUGCCAGGAUAAUUAAUUUGAUGCACAUUGUAUUAGGCAAUAAUACUAACCUAUAUGGAAAACUUGCAACAU